UGUACGAACGAACUCAAAUUUCUUUUGACAACAGUGAUAGGAGAUAAGUCGGAUAAUCUAAUAAUCAGUGGGUCUUAACGAGUGCAAUAACGUUUUACAUUUAAAAAAUAGCAUAUGAACCAAGAUAUACAAAUAACAAUAAAAUUGGGUGCAACUGUUAUUUGGAGAAUAUAAUUAAAAUGAAUUUGCUCCUGGCUUUAAAAUUUUACAUUGCACGAAUGACAGAAGAAAGUGGUCCUGGCAUGAAAGUUCUUUUGAUGGAUAAACAAACGACGAGUAUAGUAAGUUUGUUAUACAGUCAAUGGGAAAUCUUUAUGAAAGAAGUCUUUUUAUUCGAAAGAAUUGAUGCGAACGGUCGGAAAGAAGGAUUAAAGCAUUUAAAAUGUAUAGUGUUUAUAAGACCGACGAAAGAAAAUAUUGAACUAUUGUGUAAUGAAUUAAGAUGCCCUAGGUACGGAAUGUAUAAUAUUUAUUUCAGUAACAUUAUUGCAAAAGCUGACAUUAAGCUCCUGGCUGAAAGUGACGAACAAGAAGUGGUAAAAGAAGUACACGAAUAUUAUGCAGAUUAUUUAGCUAUUAGUCCACAUUUAUUUUCACUUGGAAUCACCGGCUGUUCGCAAGGUUUACUAUGGAAACCGGAACACUUGCAUCGAACUCUCUCAGGCAUAAUUUCCGUUUUACUAUCAAUUAAAAAAUGUCCUUACAUACGCUAUCAAAGUAGCUCGGAAAUGGCAAAACGACUAGCAGAAAAAGUACGAGAAGUUUUGAGUAAAGAAUCAAAUUCAUUUCUCUUCAGACAAGACUCAAGCCCAAUUCUACUUAUAUUGGAUAGAAGGGAUGAUCCUGUUACACCAUUAUUGAAUCAAUGGACAUAUCAAGCAAUGGUUCAUGAAUUGUUAACUAUUAACAACAAUCGUGUUAAUUUAUCACACGUGAAGGGUAUCUCAAAGGAAUUGAAGGAGGUUGUUCUUAGUGCUGGUCACGAAGAAUUUUACGCGAAUAAUUUAUAUUGUAAUUUUGGUGAAAUUGGGCAAACGAUAAAAGAACUGAUGGAUGAAUAUCAGAAAAAAGUUAAGAAACAUCAAAAAGUGGAAAGCAUAAAUGAUAUGAAGACCUUCUUAGAAACUUAUCCUAUAUUUAAAAAACUUUCUGGUACGGUCUCAAAGCAUGUGACAGUCAUUGGUGAACUUUCAUCCAUAGUGGAACGUCAUCAUUUACUACAAGUAUCAGAGUUGGAACAAGAACUCAGUUGUCAAAGUGAUCAUUCGACACAGCUUCAGAAGAUAAAAGAUCUUAUCAAUACUCGACAAAUUCGAGAAAUUGAUAUGACGAGAUUAGUAAUGUUGUACGCAUUACAUUACGAAAAACAAACAAAUAAUGACAUUAGUGGAUUAAUCAGCUUAAUAAAAAGUAAAGGAGUAUCCGACAAAAAUAUUAAGCUCAUACGCCACAUUUUAGAAUACAGUGGUAUUAAUGCAAGGCAGAAUAAUUUAUUUGAUCGAGAAUCAGUGGCUAAGAUUACGAAAAAAUUAUUCAAAGGCUUAAGUGGCAUAGACAACAUAUAUACUCAGCAUACUCCAUUGUUGCAUGAAACACUUGAGGACUUAAUAAAAGGAAAGUUAAGCCCACAGGCAUUUCCGUAUCUUGGAGGCACGAUAAUAUCAAAAAGACCGCAAGACAUAAUUGUUUUUAUGGUUGGCGGAACAACAUAUGAAGAAAGUUUGGCCGUAUAUAAUUUGAAUAGGCAAAAUCCGGGGGUGAAAAUUGUUUUAGGUGGUACCAAUGUGCAUAAUUCUCAGAGCUUCUUGGAAGAAGUAGAAUCUGCUACAUCAGGCAUUUUAUCAAAGUACAAAAAUAAUAAUAACUAAUAGCAACAUGUGUAUAUGUAUUUUUUAUUAAUAUAUAAAUAUGUGCAAAUCUAUGAUUACGAAUAAUUGAUGUACUAUAAAUUAUUCUUUUGUAAGUAAUGUAUUAAUAAUUAUAAUAUUAAAUCGAAAUUACAGUAGAAAUCAGUCUUUAAAAGACUCCAA